UUUCAUUACAACAACUACUACUACAUAAAACUUUACGUAUAAUAAUAUUGACACUACGAUAGGGAGACGUAGGUAACGUCGGUGACGGAGGAACAGUGAUAAAAAACAUGGUUAGUACGACAUUGACGUACAUGUUGGAAAGAAAAAACAAACCGUAAAAAGCAAAACAAAGCAUUGCAGCAGCAAUGGUUGAAAAAACCAAGCCAAGGCACCAAAGCAAACCAAAACCAAAACCUCUUAACUCCGUGUCAUAAUUUCUCUCUUUCUUUUUCGGUUUCCUAGGAUAUGCUGCCACCGUUCGUUAACUCUCCGGUUGCUCUCCGCCGGCGAUGAGAGACCAUGCAAGAGACGCUUCUCACUCUCCCUCUCUCACACCACCAAGACAUCCACAUUCGGGCCAAGAAGAAAAAGCCGCAGCAACCGGGAACCGGACAUAGCAGCAGCAACAGCAGUAGCAGCGGCGGCGGCGGCCACUCCACCACUCGCGUGUCGCGGCGCGUGAGUCCUGUCGGGGAGAAGUCUCUGCCGAACGGGGACAUCUACAGCGGCACCCUGUCGGGGAACGCGCCGCACGGCACCGGGAAGUACCUCUGGUCCGAUGGGUGCAUGUACGAGGGGGAGUGGCGAAAGGGGAAAGCUUGUGGCAAGGGGAGGUUCUCGUGGCCCUCCGGCGCCACCUACGAGGGGGAAUUCAAGUCGGGUCGGAUAGACGGGUUCGGAUCCUUCAUCGGCGUCGACGGCGACAUGUACAGAGGGUCCUGGGUGGCCGACAGAAAGCACGGGUUCGGCGAGAAACGAUACGCUAAUGGGGAUGUGUAUGAAGGUUGGUGGAGGUGCAACUUGCAGGACGGGGAGGGGAGGUACACAUGGCGGAACGGCAACGAGUACGUGGGGGAGUGGAGGGGUGGUGUGAUUUCGGGGAAGGGGGUUCUGGUGUGGGCGAAUGGGAACCGUUACGAGGGGUUUUGGGAGAAUGGCGUGCCUGUGGGGAAGGGUGUUUUCACGUGGUGUGACGGGAGCACGUGCGCGGGGAACUGGGGGAAGGAGUUUAUGGAAGAGGCACGUGAGGAGAAGAUGAAGAGGAGUUCGGUGGAUGGGUGUAGGAGUGUGAGCUUUCCCAGGAUUUGUAUUUGGGAGUUGGAUGGAGAAGCUGGUGACAUCACCUGCGACAUUGUUCACAAUGCUGAGGCUUCUCUGUUCUACAGGGAUGGCACCACUGCCAGUGAGUCCGAGAACGGUGGAGAUGAUAUCAUUAUUGAUAAUAACAAUGGGUGUGGGGUUUUGCAGAAGAGUCCUUGUUGGUCUCUUGAUGGUUCUGGUGGUGAGGUUAAGAAGCCUGGUCAAACUGUGUCCAGAGGGCACAAGAGUUAUGAUCUCAUCCUUAAUCUUCAACUGGGUAUCAGAUACACUGUUACCAAGCAUGCUGCUAUAGUGAGAGAGCUUAGACCGGGGGAUUUUGAUCCCAAGGAGAAGUUCUGGACGAGGUUCCCACCUGAAGGCUCUAGGUUUACGCCCCAGCAUCAUUCAGUGGACUUCAGGUGGAAAGACUACUGCCCCAUGGUGUUCAGACAUCUAAGGGAAUUAUUUGCCAUAGAUCCUACGGAUUACACGCUUGCUAUUUGCGGAAGUGACUCACUUAGGGAGAUGUCUUCUCCGGGAAAAAGUGGAAGCAUCUUUUAUCUUACUCAAGACGACCGCUUCAUAAUUAAGACUGUCAAGAAGUCUGAAGUCAAGGUGCUCAUUAGGAUGCUUCCAAGCUACUACCAACAUGUUUGUCAGUACAAGAACUCUUUGGUGACUGCAUUCCUGGGCGUGCAUUGUGUCAAACCUGUCGGAGGUCAAAAGACCCGGUUUAUUGUAAUGGGCAAUGUGUUUUGCUCCGAGUACCGGAUCCACAAGAGGUUUGACCUCAAAGGUUCUUCUCAUGGUCGAACAACGGAUAAGCCAAGGGAGGAGAUUGAUGAGACUACCACUCUCAAAGAUCUUGAUCUUAAUUUUGUCUUUCGCCUAGAACAGUCUUGGUUUCAAGAGCUUAUACGGCAAGUCGACAGAGACUGUGAGUUCUUGGAAGCAGAGGGAAUCAUGGAUUACAGUCUUCUAAUCGGGCUGCAUUUUCGUGAUGAUUGUUCGGUUGACGAAAUGAAAAGUUCACCACGCAAUUCAUAUUCAGGCAAGAGAGACAUGCUUGACGAUGAGAUGCUCACAUGCCGGGGACCUCUGAUCCGGUUGGGAAUGAACAUGCCUGCGAGAGCUGAGAGUGUGGGUAGUGGAAGUGGGAAUUCUUGUUGUAUCCCUUCAGAGAGUAACAACAACAGCAGCAGCAAGAUAUCUGAUGUGAUCCUCUACUUUGGUAUCAUUGACAUUCUCCAAGACUACGAUAUAAGCAAAAAGAUAGAACAUGCAUACAAGUCGCUACAAGUGGAUUCCACCUCUAUCUCAGCCGUUGAUCCCAAGCUAUACUCGAAAAGGUUCAGGGAUUUCAUACACAGAAUCUUUGUAGAGGAUAAAUGAGUAAUGAAAUGAUGGUGUUGUUGGAGGCUUGCUAAGGUGACACACUCCAUGCAGCAAGGGUGGUUGUUGUUGAUGGCUAAAUUUUUCUCAUAGCCAUUGCAAUUGCAAAGUUGAAAAUUGAAAGGGACGGGGGGAAGAGGAGUUUGGACAGGAAUGACACUUAUUUUCACUUUUGUUGGGAGGGGAGAGAGAGAUUGUCACAGUAGCAUGUGAUGAGAGUUCUUUAUUUGGAUUGCUUUUGUUAUGGAUGUAGACAUUGUGGGGUGUGGAGAGAGAUUGAAAAUGAGGCGGAGAGGGGGUUAAUAACUGUACAGACAGUCAAAAAGAUUGAUAAUAGAAUUGAAUUGAACAUAGAUUUUUGGUUGGAGGACUGAGAAAAGAGAUGGUAUACCUGUUGAGCAAGAAAGAAAAGUUCAGAGAGGGCCCCCCUUCUCUCUUUGUGUCUCUGCGAUGUGCGUUCAAACGGGUUUUUUUAAAACUUUUUUCAGUAGCAAUGCAUAAAAAGAAGUGAAAAGCAGAAGAGAGAAAAGGAAGAGGUGGGUGUUUCGUUGGUUGUUGAUGUCCCUUGCAAAAACGAAGUUUGAAAAAAGCAGAAUAACAAUAAUACAGUGUUAUGGUAAUGUCCCUUUUACUUGUUUUGAACAAUACACAGAGGAGGAUGCAAAGAAGACGACAAAACAAUCACGUCAAUGUGGACCCUUGUGGCAUCUGAUAGGUAUUUAUGCAUGUUAUGCCUCAGCAAUUUAAUAAUCACAAAAAUGAUGGAACUUGACACAGAAGUCUCCGCUUCACUCAAUCACUGACCCCACAGAGACCAAAAAAAUAGCGAUUUUGAUAUGUAUCUCAUGUGGUCAAAUCAAAGGAGAAGAGAAUAGUGGAUUUUGUGUUGGCAUUGAGAUCCUAAUGCUGCUAUGAUUUGGCAGUUUUUGAGCGUGACCAUGUCCUGUGUCCGACACCACUGCUACUGAAACAUCCUUGUAGUUGUAGAAUACUCAUUAUACUCAAUCUGCCACUGUCUAGUACCUACCUGGUAUCUCUUGUUCUUUUCCUCUUUCUUCUCAAAACACUCACAAAUUCAUUAUUUUUCAUUCA